AUGGCGAUCACCGAAAUUGCCCUGCUCCCCCUACGACACGGCGAGAACCCCGAGGAGACGACCAGCAGGGCGGCAACGGUCCACGCCGAAGCCCUUGACGUGGUCCUUUCCCAACCAGGCGCCCGGCGAGUCUGCUGGGGUCGACAAGUCGAGGAUCCCUCGGUGCUGACAUGGUUCGUCGACUGGGAUGAGCUGGAGGACCACCAGAAGUUCAUGGACUCAGAUGCAUACAACCCAUUCCUUGAACGAUUUGGCAGCAUCCUCGGCGCCGGGGCCAAGGCGUAUCACGUUCGGUUUCUCCCCGAAAUUACCACUGCCACGAUCGAUCCCUUCAGCACCAACACCGCUCCGGCCACGGAGAUUGUCACCAUGUGGCUGCCACGCUUGUACUCGGAAGCAGAUCAAGCUCGGCUGGUGGAAAACGUCAAGGCCUUUCUCGCCGUGCUGGAGAGGGAAGCCAAGGGCUACAAAUCUUGGGUCGGAGGCUGGGUGGAGGAGGAAGAGGGGAUUGACAUUCCCGGAACCGAUGGGAAGGGCAAGGCAUAUGUCCUGGUGGUGGGCUGGGAGUCCGUCGAGGCGCACAAGGAGUUCUGUGAGACUCGGGCGUUCAAGGAGAACAUCUCUCUUGUUCUGGGCGUCAAGGAUCUCAAGAAGAUCGAGGCCGUUCACGCCAGUUUGAUCGAGGUCAGGAAAAGGCCCGACACAGGCUCAUAG